AUGACCACCGUUCGUGCGGUCCACCCAAACCCGGAUGUCGCCAAAGGGAUUGAGUACUGGGAAGGCAUCCCAGCUACCGUGGACGGCGUACUUGGUGGAUACGGAAACGGGACUCUUCCGCGUAUUGAUGCGCUCGGCUCGCGCACAUUUCUUUUGCGCACACUGCCCUAUCUGAGCAGCAUACCACCCGCUGGAUACAAUGGCACGCCGCUGGAAUGGACGGCUAACCAAAUCAAGCAACGCGGGGGACCAGGGCGUACCGUCACGCGUGCGCUUGAUUGCGGUGCGGGCGUUGGCCGUGUGACGCAGCACAGUUUGUUACCACUCGUGGACGAAGUGCAUCUGGUCGAGCCCGUGCAUAAAUUUCUUUUAGAAGCUAAAGCAAUGUCGCCAGAGUGGGAGCCGUUACGACAAACUACGGAAACGUCGCCUUUUAAAGCACACAAGGCCGUAUACUUUCAUACAUCGACGCUGCAAGCGUUCCCCAUUGCUGACCCUCUUUCCGUGACAUCCAAGCUCAUUACUCCAACUGCGAUGGGUGGUGGAGAGCUGAAUCCUCUCCCGUGUCCAGUGAAAUACGAUGUUGUUUGGUGCCAAUGGUGUUUACAGCACUUAUCCGAGCCGGAUUUGAUCAAGUUUCUUAAGGAAGCUCGCGCGGCGCUGACAGAGCCUUCCGGCAACGAGAAUUUUCCUGGAGGCGUCAUUGUGGUGAAGGAGAAUGUGUACCACGAUGGUGAGAAUGGCGAGGAAGCUACGUGGUACGACGAGGAGGAUUACUCGGUAACACGAUCACGGCGUCUAUAUGAGCGUAUUUUCAAGACCGCAGGUUUGCAAGUCGUGCGCACCGAAACUCAGCUUGGAUUUCCGUCUGAGCUUUUUGAUGUACAAAUGUGCGUGUUUUGGAGUAUUUGA